AUUUUAACUUCCUAUAAAACCCCAUAUUCCACCAGCAAAAGUAUCACAUUUCCAUCCAACAGUCCUCCAAGUAUAUACAUACAUCUACCAUGGGUACUUUAACCGACAUUGCACACAACAGCUUUGAGUUUGAAGAUUCCGGUAAUUUUACAUUCCAGUGCAGUACAAGUUAUGAAGAUGAAAACUGUUCAUCUCCGGACUCGGUUUUUGAAUACACAUUCCCAACGGCUACUGUACAUGUUUGCUACGGCUGUAAUGGAGUUGUAGAAGACCAAUACGUCCUCCGUCUAAAUGACCAGUCCUGGCAUCCGACCUGUCUCCGGUGCUCACAUUGUCAUACCAUACUGGACAACCACAACACCUGUUACGUCAGAGGGGGAAACAUCUACUGCAGAAAAGAGGAAUUUGGUCCACAGUGUUCCAAAUGCAAUGUUACGAUCACCAGUGACGAUUGGGUCAGGAAAGCACAUGACAACUGUUACCACUUAAACUGCUUUAGCUGCAGUGUCUGCAACAGACAACUCUCAACAGGGGAACAGUUUGCUCUUCAUGACAACAGACUGCACUGCAAGAUCCACUAUCUGCAAGUUUUACAAGGCAACAAACUUGGUGACGAGCGUCUAGGCAAACGUAAAGCCAAGAGACAGCGUACAGCUUUUACAGAAGAGCAGAUUCAUGUUUUCCAGUCCUACUUCAAUGUAGAACAGAACCCGGAUCCUCAAGACUUGGAUACCAUUGCCGACCAAGCUGGAGUCACUAGACGUGUUGCACAAGUUUGGUUCCAAAACGCACGAUCACGAUCCAAGAGAAAUAUGCAGAUGAACACGGUCUCGCCAGUUCCCAAAGAAUGCAGUUCCUCAGAACACAGCUUUGAUAGUUUAGAUGACCUGACUUACAGCGACUAAAACAAAGAUCUACGUACUAAUAUAACGUGCUAAAAAGUGAACACACAUUUUAUUUGUAAAUAUAACUGUUAUUUAUUUGUAUUUAUAUUGUUAA